AUGACUUCAGAAACAAACCUUAGUCAAUAUCAUCAUAACUUAGCAUCAUCCACUGCCAAUACGAUGCCCAUAUCUCAACAGUUACAAAGUACUUCACAAUUACAACAUUUACAUCAACAAUUACAACAACAACAAUUACCUUCUCAACAUCAACAGCAACAUCAACAACAUUUGCAACAGCAGCAGCAGCAACAGCAUCAGCAUCAACUACAGCAAGGACCUCCACCUCCAAUGUUAUCAAAUUUAAAUACUUCAUCAUUUGCCCCUCCUUCAUUACAAUCAACUCAUGGGAUUUUAAAAAUAUCAAAUUUACCUUCAGAUUUAACCAACAGAGAAGCAACAUUAAUCUUUGCAUUAGUAAUUGAUGAACUUGUCAAUGUUGAAAUUAAUGAUUAUCAAAUUUAUGCAUAUUUUAAAAAUUCAAAUACAUGUUUAACAACGGCAAAAUUAUUAGAUGGGAAAUAUAUUUUUGGUAAUGAAUAUCCUCCAAUUAAAGUUGAAUGUGAUUCAAAUACAUUAAUGCAUUCUCCAACUGCAAUCGCGGCAGCUACUCAUAAUACACAAGCUGCAUUUGGAAAUUUACGAUUAUCAACAUCUGCAUCAUCUGCAUCAGUACAACCUCAACUACCACAACAACAACAGCAACAGCCACAGCAGCAAAAAAUUCCUGCUCUACCGGUUGGAGCAGCUGGUCCUGUUGGCCCACCAGGUUCUGGAAUAUCCCCUCCACAUAUGAAUCAAUCACAAUUACAUCAUCAACCUUCAAAUAACUCAUUAGGUAAUGGAUCCACUUCGGCCACAACAACAACGGACCCUAAUACAUUUGAUAUGAUGCAAAAGAGACAAUCUAUAGGAAAUCAAAGAUCGAGGUUUGUGUUUAGUGAUCCAUUUUCACAAGAUGGAGGUCAACAACAACCUCCACAACAGCCACAACAACCAGGUGCUAUCACUCCAGGUGCAGGUCCAGUGGGGACUAUUGAUUUAAGUGAUAUAACUGGGAAAUCUAUCUUAUUAAUGGAAUCUCAGAAUGAUGCCCAAGAAUAUGAGAAUUUAGUUAGAGAUACUUGGGGACCAGGAAAUACGAAUCAACCGCCACAACAGUCACAACAACAGGGUGGACAUACUGGAUCGUCAUUAUCUUCUGGUCCACAAACACCGGGUGUCAGUGCUGGUCCUAUAAAUGGUCCAAGUGGAUUAGAUUGGAAUAUAGGUAUAAAUCAGAAUGGAUCAGGAAGUGGAGGUCCUAGUGGUGGCGCUGGGAUUGUUAAUCCACCUCCAGGUGAGGUUAGGAGAACAUCAUCAUCUACUGCAUUUUUCAACUCGGGAACGACAUCAGCUACCACUGCUGUAGGUCCAAAUAUACCACCUCAAAUUGGAAAUUUGAUUGGAUCUCAGAAUCCAAAACCACCAAUUGGUCAACCAUCUUUGAAUCUCAAUUUAGGUAAUCCAACCACCACAGCAAGCACAACAAGCACAACAAGCACAACCACAAACCCAAGCAAAAAGCUAGACGAUCAUCAACAACAACAACCAUUGACAAUCGCCCAGAAAUUAGCGCGUGGUCCACCAACCUCCCAAACCACAUCCACCACCAGUAGUACAACUUCAUCCCAAACCAGUCCACCUAAUCAGAAUACAAAAGUCCAAAUAGUAGGCAAAGAUAAUACUAUGCCCGAUUUAUCCCUAUUGGCAAGAGUGCCUCCACCCGCUAACCCUGCCGACCAGAAUCCUCCUUGUAAUACCCUAUAUGUCGGAAAUCUCCCUCCAGAUGCCACCGAAGCUGAAUUAAGAGCAUUAUUCUCGCCUCAGAAGGGGUUUAGGAGAUUAUCAUUCCGGAAUAAAUCAAUGUCGUCAUCCACGAGUGGUCCAGGUGGGUCGUCUACGAAUCCUCCAGCAGGACAUGGUGGUGGGGGUGGUGGACAUGGUCCGAUGUGUUUUGUUGAGUUUGAGGAUGUUGCGCAUGCGACUCGGGCAUUGGCGGAGUUAUAUGGACGGGCAUUGCCUCGCGCUGGGGGUGGGAAUGGAAAAGGUGGGAUUAGGUUGAGUUUUUCGAAGAAUCCGUUGGGUGUUAGGGGUCCUGGGAGUGGUGCUAGGGGGAGACAAUCGAUGGGAACUGGGCCUGGUGGGAGUGGGAGUGGGAGUGGAAGUGGUGCGAGCGGAAGUGGUGUUGUGACUAGUGGAAGUGGUGGAGUUGGGAAUUAUGGAUAUCUGAAUUAUCAUAAGUCGUGA